UGCAAUUUUAAGUUUAGUGAAUUUUGUCUUUUCAAAAGACAUAAUAAAGUGUUUUUAAAGCUAUAAAACAUGCCAAACUACUCAACAUCAUUCAAUCCAGAAUGGCUGGAUAGAUACACUUGGUUGAGGCCAGAUAAGAAUGACAAGCAUAUGGUACAUUGUACAUUGUGCCCAAGUCAUUUUUCAGUUGCAAACAGAGGUGAAAAUGCAUUGAGCCAACACAAAGAAACAAAACUACACAAAGAAAGAGAAUCUGCUGCCGCAAAAACGGUUUCAAUUGUUGAUCAUUUCAAAAAGCCACCCGAUGAAAAAAACGUCGCUCGUAUGGAAAUCACGAGCGUUUAUCACAUGGUUGAUGAAAACCAUAGUUUCCGAUCGGCUGAUUGCAAUUCAUUUCUCAUUAAAAAUGUGUAUGGUAACAAUCCAAAGUUUACGUGUUCCAGAACAAAAGCUGAAGCAAUUUUGAAAGAAAAUACUCUUGCAUAUUUGACCAAGUGGUUGGAAUGGCUUUCUCCAAUUGAGAAAUGGGGAUGGGUCGCUAUGAAGUUGAUGCCAAAGUGGGACGAAGUUGAAGAAUGCGUGGACGAUCUCAUCGCGAAGAAAUUUAUCGAUGCGUCAAAGGAAAAGGAAAUCCAUGCAGAAUAUGCUCACUUGAAACCAUUUAUUGAAUUUUCAAUUUCAAAAUGGAAAGAAGAAAAUGUAUCCGCUCAACAGCGUUGGCUUGAUGUUUUCGCGUUCUUGCGAACAAAAGAUCUUCCAUUCAACAAAUUUGCCAUUCUGAUUGAAUAUGCGUUCACUAUUCCAGGUGCAAACUUGGUGUGUGAACGGCUUUUUUCAUUAGUAACCAACUACUGGACCGACAAGAAAUCUCGACUCACAAUCGACACACUGAAGAGCUGGCUGCAAGCAAAAUUCAACAUGACCAUGACCUGUGAACAAUUCGCUGAAUGAAUUCGUACCCGCGAAGAUAUUUUGCGGGAGGUUCAAGCUGAUCCGAAAUAUCACGUUUGAAUAAUUGAAAAAUGCGAC